CUAGCCGAAUUGGUCAGUUGCGGUCGCCAUUUUGUCGGGCAGUCAUCGGGUACGUCGUGUUUCUUUCGGGUUGCUGUACUUUUUGGAACAAGCACCGCCGAAAAAUUUGGGGUCCGGCACGUUCGUUCGCUCCCCCAAAUGGCUUGUUUGAACACCCUUAAGCAGGAGAUUAAAACUCUUGAGUCCGUCUUCCCUAAGAGCCAUGAGAGAUUUCAGAUAAUGUCUGCGAGUGUGGACGAACUCAGCUGCAGGUUCGUCGGUAAAAAUGGGAAGAAAUACGAAAUACACGCCAAUAUUACAGAAACCUAUCCUUCUACACCACCAGUUUGGUUUGCGGAAUCAGAGGAAACAAGUGUUACAAAUGCGGUACAAAUUUUAAGUACUACUACAGGCCGUGACAACCAUGUCAUUAAUCAAGUUGGGAUUCUCUUGAAAGAAUUAUGUAGACUGCACUCAUUACCCGAACCACCCGAUGUUGAACGGUUAAGGACAGCUUUGGAUCCAUUACGUUUAGGAGGAUCGAACGAAGCAGCGGCACAAAGGAUGGAAGCUGAGGAUGUAGAAGAUAUUGAUGAUGAUGAAGAAAGCGAUGCGGAAGAAGACCUACAUUUAGAUAUGGACGAAGGGGAUGCCAAUGCAAAGAGUAAGGGUGAAGAAAUAGAAUUGGAACAUCUUGCAACGUUAGAAAGGUUGAGACAAAAUCAAAGACAAGAUUACUUAAAAGGAUCUGUCUGUGGCAGUGUGCAAGCCACAGACAGACUUAUGAAAGAAUUGCGCGACAUUUAUCGGAGUGACAGUUUCAAAAAAGGAAUGUACAGCAUAGAAUUAGUAAAUGACAGUUUGUAUGAAUGGAAUGUCAGGCUGAUGUGUGUUGAUCCUGAUUCACCUUUACACAGCGAUCUCAUACUUCUAAAAGAAAAGGAAGGCAAAGACAGUAUUCUCCUUAACAUGCUUUUUAAGGAAACUUACCCAUUCGAACCCCCAUUUGUCAGAGUUGUGCAUCCCAUGAUCUCUGGUGGUUACGUCCUUAUAGGAGGUGCAAUUUGCAUGGAACUCUUAACGAAACAAGGUUGGAGUUCAGCCUAUACAGUGGAAGCAGUCAUCAUGCAGAUUUCAGCAACACUAGUGAAGGGAAAAGCACGCAUACAAUUUCAAGGACCAGGUAGUGCUAGCAAAGUGUGUGGUCAGGGUCAAUAUAGUCUAGCCCGUGCACAACAGUCAUUCAAGUCUCUUGUACAAAUACAUGAAAAAAAUGGUUGGUUUACCCCUCCAAAAGAGGAUGGCUAAUGAACAUGAAUCACGGAGAAAGAAAAGUUUGACGCGUGCUUAUGGCUGAGACUUUAAUUCGGUGUGUGCCCAACAAAUAAUUGUUACGAUAAUGAUUUGAUACACAAAACACAACAUUAACUAGGUAAUUUAAGAUACUGAAUUAAUCUAAUGCAUAAUUCCAUUUAUAGCUGAAAAGGCUGCCGCGCAAACAGUGAAGUGUUUGAUUAUGUAUGCAUAGAUUUUUCAGUAAUUAGUGAUUAAAUCGCCAAUCGCAUUUGUGAAUGUGAGAUGUAAUCAUUUUUAUCUGGAAUUGAUUCUUACGUUUGGAAUUACUAAGGAUCAUAAUUAUUCCAAAUAACAUUAAUCUUAGUUCUUUUUUCGUGAGUACACAUGUUGUACGUACGUACGAAACAGUGUAAACAUUCUCUGUGAAAAUGCGUUUGCGCAAUCCGUGCUUCCUUUCUUCCAACAGAGGGAACACGACGAUUAUCAACUUAGAUAGUUAUAUUGACAAUUUUUCUAAGUGUUUUUUUAUCAUUGUGAGCUUUCAUUCGUUCCAUUCUAUCUUAUUAUAUCUUAAUUUUUUCAUCGUGCAAUUCAUAAGUAAGUUUGUUUGGACAUAUACAUUUGUUAAAAGUAGACAGUAAACGAAUCUGAUAUGAGAAUAGCGAUGUUUCUGGGGGUAAAGCGAAUUUUGCUAUUACCUUUUGUAUUUACUCGAUGCUUUCAUUCAUUGAUCAACAUGAUUCGAUAAUGUGAACGAGCACACAACUAAAUCAUCACAGUUCUAGAGUAUUUCGAGAUAGUAUAUGAUUUUAAGAAAAUUAACAUCACAUACAAUGAGGCUUUAGAGGUUAUAGUAUUACUUGUAAUUCUACAUACUAUGCAAAAGAUGAAAAUUCACGAAUGAU